GCUGAAAAUGCAUUGCGCACGUACAUUGACAAUGAAGAUGUAGUAAGAGAUGUCCAACGUGAAUAUGAAGUGGUUGUCCAUGAAAAUCAACCUCCGAAUAAUGUUCGUGGGGAAGAUGCAAUGGACAUUCCUCUAGCAGCCCCGGAAGUUGUUGGGCACAAUUGCGAGGUGGAGGGAUACCGUAAUGUCG